AUGUCCAACGCAUCCAGAAAGAAACUCCUUUUGAUGGGCCGGUCCGGGUCGGGCAAGUCGUCCAUGCGGUCGAUCAUCUUUUCAAACUAUUCCGCCUUUGACACGAGACGCUUAGGAGCGACCAUCGACGUGGAACACUCACACCUCCGGUUCUUGGGCAACAUGUCGUUGAAUUUGUGGGAUUGCGGUGGCCAGGACGUGUUCAUGGACAACUAUUUCACACAGCAGAACAGCCACAUCUUCAAGAUGUGCGAGGUGCUCAUUUACGUGUUUGACGUCGAGUCGAAGGAAGUUCUGAAAGACAUCGAAAUCUUCCAGAAGACGUUGGCGAACCUCGCCAAGUUCUCCAAGAACUGUAAGAUCUUUAUCUUGUUGCACAAGAUGGACUUGGUGCAGUUGGAUAAGCGUGAGGAGUUGUUUACGAUUAUGAUGAAGACGUUGAUCAACCAGUCGCUGAAGUACGGCUUUCAGAUCAAGGGCUUCCCCACCUCCAUCUGGGACGAGUCGUUGUACAAGGCAUGGUCCUCCAUCGUGUGCUCGCUCAUACCGAACAUGGAGCACUUUGAGAAGAACUUGUUGAAGUUUAACGAUAUUAUCGAGGCAGAGGAGAUUAUCUUGUUCGAAAAAACCACUUUUUUGGUCAUCUCCCACUUCUCUUCCGCCCAGGAACACAACUUGUUAACCGGGGCCGGUGCCAGCGACCUUGACCCGAAGCGCUUCGAAAAGAUCUCUAAUAUCAUCAAGACCUACAAGCAGAGUGUGUCUAAGUUGAGAACCCACUUCCAGAGUUUGGUCUUGCACGGCUCGUUUUCGUCAAUCUUCAUCGACGUCUUGACCGACAACAUGUACAUCAUGAUUGUCUUGCCCAACAAGAGUCUGGAGAGUGCCGUCAGAGACAAGGAUGAGGAGUUGUUGAUUUUGGACAAUAUCAAGCGCGCCCGAAAGUGGUUCGAGAAGAUCGAGGGUGGGAAGUAG